GAACUGAAUGGAUCUGAAAGGAUCUGAGUUUUUCUAAGAGCAACUUGAGACAGACACAGCAUAAACAUGACUAAAUACUGGUGUCGGAAUCUCUGCAAUCCGCUGCAGUUGCUUAGUACCAGGCUGCUGGUUCCUGGGUCCAGCUACAAACCGCAGGUCUGGAUGUCCAUUGUCACAGCCUCGAGAGGCAAUAGAACUCUCCUCAAUAGCAACUUGCUAUGAGUGGUCUCGUGGGUGGUGUAAUACGAAGUAGGUAAUUACGACAGAGGAGAAGGGGUAAUUCAACCCAUUCGACUUCUCGUUGAGGAGUGAAGCUCGAAGUGUUGUACGUAGACAGCGACUGUCUAUUCUGUACGGAGGGAACGAUGGCUGCGAUAAGCUGCCGCGGGCUUCUCCAAUGUGUCGUGCUCAUCUGGUCUCUCUACAUUCAUCUGCGACAGGUGGAUGCGAGGAAUUUGCAGGAGACGUUCGUGAUUGAACUUGUAGUGCAAACCAGAUACCAUGCCACUGAUGUCGACAAAAACUUCAUCUGCGCAACUCUCGACUGGUGGCCGUCCGAGAAAUGCAGUACGAACGGCAUGGUGCAGUGCCCAUGGGGAGGAGCUGGACUACCGUAUCUGGAUCUUGAGAACCCAAUGUUACAGGAAGCUCUGAAAGGUAUCAGGUGCCGAGUUGUUAAAAUGGUGGAGAGAAGGGCUGUCGUUGUAGUCAGACAUGCUGAUGCUUAUGGCACGCAACGAAUCUCCGUCCCACGUGCAGAACUGCGACCACUUGUGAGAGCCGGAGGAACACUGGAGAAUAUCGUUGUUUACGAUAUCGGCGAGCAACUUCCAAGCGAACCUUGCGUUCCUUUCUCUGUCAAUGAAGGCGUGUUCUACGGAUUCAGCGGCGGUUGUCUUACAAUGGAGCGAUGGGACGCGCUCAAUGCAUUUUUCAAAAAGACCGGGGUUGAAGUGGUUUUUGGUCUGAAUGCUCUGUAUGGGCGAAAUAAGACGAAAACUACGACUGGAACGGAAGUUCAGAACGUGACGGAGCCAUGGGAUUGGACAAAUGCAUAUGAGUUGAUGAAGUACACUCGUGAUAAAAACUAUGCAAUAUCAGGAUGGGAGCUAGGAAAUGAGUUGAUAGGGCUUGCUAUUGACGCAAGGGUUAGUCCAGCGCAAUAUUCUCGUGAUCUUGAGAAUCUUGACAUAAUCGUGAGGUAUCUCUAUAAGGAUUAUCCCACGCUUCCCUUGGUCAUUGCACCAGAUAUGGUAUACUUGACUUCAAGUGAUGACCUUAAAAAUUUCUUGACGGACUCAGGCCGAGAAAAACUGGACGUACUGACAACACAUUCCUACAAUUUGGGCUCAGGAGAUAGCUCCUCAGAGAUAUUAAUUAACGGCAUAUUGAAUCGAACAUUCGUUACAAAGCAAACUGGUACCUACAAGAAUGUAAAUACUCUUCUAAGCGAUCAUCUAGCUGUACAAGCUUGGAUUGGCGAGUCUGGAGGUAUUUACCGCAGUGGACGCCAUGGAGUCAGCGAUACUUUCAUUGAUGCUUUCUGGUACCUGGAUGAACUCGGUACUGCAUCAUUGUUCAAUACUAAAGUGUUUUGUAGACAAAGCUUCGUUGGGGGCAACUACGGUUUGCUGGAUAGGUCUACGUUCGAACCUUAUCCUGAUUACUACGGAGCCCUGCUUUGGCGCAGACUGAUGGGAGACCGCGCGUUGUUCGUUAGCAUGGUUGGAUCAGCCAUUAGCGCGUACGCUCAUUGUCAAAAGGACAAUAAGGGAGGAGUGACAGUGUUACUUCUGAAUUUCAGCAACACUACAACUACGAUCGAAACUUACAAGUUCGAGGGUUCUGACAAAGUCAGCUUUCGACAUGAAUACCACAUGUCUCCUGCUGAUGGAAAUAUCACCAGCCAGGUCGUUUUGCUCAAUGGUCAGCCUUUGGCAGUUACUCCUGAUGGAAAAAUCCCACGACUUUUGCCAGUGAACAAGGCUCCAGAUGACCCUAUCUCUCUGAAACCUCUCACAUAUGCGUACAUUGUCUUUCCAGAUAUUCAUGCCUCUGCCUGUGUGUAAGAUUGGAGGCACAGCAAAAAUUUUGAGGCAUGCCCAUGCAUCCUUUCAAGGUCAAAAGGCAUGCCCCAUGCCCGUAUUAGAAUACGUACAUUUUACGUAUUCGAAAUUGUACGUCUAUGGAAAUAAAAAAUUCUUAGAAGUAAAAUUGUUGAAAAGGUCUAAGAUAUACGUAUUAAUUUAUUUGUACAUACAUACGAGGCAUGGCCCCGCCCUGGGGCAUGCCAUUUGAGGAUGUGCCUCCAGCCCUACCUGUGUGAGGUUUUUAUUUGGUACUUCCAGAUACAUUCAGCGUCGGAUAUUUCUGAAGUCGAGAUUUGUAUUUAGCAUAUAUAUGUAUAUAUAUAUAGAUAUAGAUGGUAUUCUACUCAGAACUUCAAGAAGAAGAGCAACGCUAUGGUGAGUAGAGAGCGUAGGUUUUUCUAGAAAAAUCUUGUGGUUAUUCUAU